UCGACACAAUGGCUGCUUAUAGCAAUUCCUCAAUCCUCUUCGUGAUUGUAGCAUUGUUAUCCUUUUCAAGCAUCACCACAAGUCGUGCUGCUCGUAGCCUACUGCAACUUCCCAACUUGCCUACGAUCCCCUCGUUGCCUAAACCAACACUGCCACAAUUGCCUAAUAUUCCCAACUUCCCUGCAGCAUUGCCACCAUUGCCAACACUUCCAACAGCAACACCAUUACCAUCUCUGCCCACAUUGCCCUCUGUUCCGAAGAUGACUCUGCCACCAAUGCCUUCGAUGCCUUCACUUCCCAACAUGCCUGCAAUCCCAGCUAUUCCAACACUUUCACCUCCUCCAUCCAACUAAUCUUUCGGCUUCCAACUGCAUGAUUUUUACCUAUUUUACCCUACUAGUCUCUACUGCGUGUUUCUUUGCUUUUUCUUUUGUAAUUUUCAUCUUUUAUGUGAUUCUCGACGAUGUAUUGUAUCAUUUGUACUAUUCUGAGUGAUAUAUAUUGAUU